UUUCUCCAUCUGUUUUGUGCCACCAGAAAGGAAAUAAAGAAAACAAGGUCAAACAUUUAUUAGGAAGUCCUUAAUCGUACUAAAACUAAACCAAACCUAAUUAAAACAAUAACACUAAAACCCAGACUCGGUCUGCCAGCCCGUUGGCUCCGCGCCAAAAUUGUUUCCGUUCGCGGGACAAUGGCCCCCUUCAAGCUCAAAUUCCGCAUGGGUAGUGGUUCGUCCCGUAGCGCCUCCCAGGAGCAGGAUGUCGUAGUAGACAAUCAGGCCAAUCAAAUUGUUUCCAACUAUUUGAACAGUAACACUUUGGGUGCAGGCUACGGAAGUAGCACUACCCUCGAUUCCGAGCAAAAUAACGAUAGCUUAGUUUCGAUGAACAACGACCAGCGGGCCCUCAUCCGGGACCGAGACUCAACCGAUGAUAGACUAGGAUAUAUAAAUCCAUCUUUAACUCACACUGAAGCCAAUACGAUACCUUUGAGCCCACCGCCAUCUUACGAGCAUGUGCUAGAAGAAAAUCGCCUCGCAGCUCUAGAUAAGGAGAACAACAAAACAUCGACAUUGAAUCUAUCUUCAUCCGGCUACGAAAUGUUGAGAAACAGUCAACAAUCGUUGGACGCGUCCGAGCAGCACCAGCAGCAGUACUGCGACCACCAACAGACAACGCCCAGUGCAGCAAGGAAGCAGGAAUCCAUCGAUUCGUCGAUGUACUCCUGUAGCGCGGCCACAUCUCCAUCGCAGGAAAACCUUCUGGGGUGCACUGGGUCGUGCGAUCCGCUGUUUAACAUGGCUACCCAAGAGCCGAUGGGAGAGUUGACCGAAGAAAUGGAGAAUAUGAACAUCGAGGAAACAUGCCUGUCUACAGAAAAUUAUGACAACAACUCUAUGGCAGACGAUUGCCAUUCGUACGAUACACAGGACUAUGAAGCAUCGUCAGCAGCAGCUCUGAUGGCUGCCCAGGAGAUCAAAGGUCCGGAGAUCCUGUACAAAUCCAGCAAACAACUGUACAAAGCCGUCGCCAAAGAGUGUGGCAUAACCUGUAAAAUGUCCGACCAGUGUCGAUGCUUGGAUUGCCAGAGCCGAUACUUUGACUGCGAGUACGACCAGAACGAAAAUGAGAAAACGGAUGGAGGAUUGGGUGCAGGUACGCCCAUGUUCAUCAGUGAAGUCAUGCACGGUUCGGCCUGUACUAUCCUUUAAAGCAGUUCAAACCAAGCUUUCAACCGAAAACGAUAUCCCUGCAACUCCUAACUAACAAAGUAAUAGUAAACAAUCAUUAGGCCACACACCUCAUAUAAAAAAUGCACAAAACUAACAGUAUAACCAUUGCAUACUAAAGUAUUUGAGAGAAAAUGAAAGCCUUUUGAAACGUUUUUUACCUUAAACGAAAAGCAUGACAUUUAAGAUGCAUUGAUUUGAAGAUUUCAACGACGACUGUAUAGCUAUUAGUAAAAUCACAUUAUGAGAAACUACUGGUUAACAUACCGUUGAAACACUACGACUAGCUAUGACUACGCAACUUAACUGAAUGUAUUAUUAUGAGUAAAAUUGACGAUAGAACGACACCUAA